AUGGGCCUCCAGAACACCAAAUACUCCAAAACCAAGCAAGCCAAUAUACUGAUGUUAGGACUUGAUUCUGCAGGAAAAUCUACACUGCUGUACAGGUUCAGGUACGAUGGUAUUUUCCUAACAAGUCCCACAAUUGGCUUUAACGUGGAUAUGAUCGAAACCAAGAAAGACUUUACCUUGACAUUUUGGGAUGUUGGAGGACAACAGAAAAUGAGACAGCUCUGGUGCAAUUUCUUGGAAAACACAGACGGGCUGCUGUAUGUGGUGGACAGCUCUGACAAACGACGUCUGGAAGAAUCAAAGAAAGAAUUUGAAAUCAUUUUAAAGAAUGAAUUUCUAAAAUGUGUACCAGUCGUCGUGCUGGCGAACAAGCAGGAUCUGCCAGGAGCUUUGAAUGCUGAGGAAAUAACCAGGAAAUUCAACAUGAAGAAGUACUGCAGCGACAGAAAUUGGUACGUACAACCCUGCUGUGCUGUCACGGGAGAAGGCUUGUCCGAAGCUCUCCAAAUGCUCGUCGCGUUCGUGAGACAGAGCAAAAGAUCAAAGGAGACUUCUACGAUCUUUAAGGAAAUUGAAACACUUUGA